UGACAAUAAGCCAUUUUCAGGAAUCAGAGCUCAAUAACCAGAGAAUUGAAUAGUUCCAAGUGUGAGCAAAGAGAUGGAUAGAGAACCAGAGGAGUUCCAAUUCAUGGGUUUGAUCGGAAUCUACAAGGAAUCCUUCAAGAUUAUCUUCAAAUGGCGAAAACUCUUCAGCAAGAUCACCCUUGCGCUUAUCCUCCCACUCACCUUCAUCUUCCUAGCUCACACCCAAGUCUCUGAGCUCAUCUUCUCCAAGAUCAACCACAAGUACCAUCACCUCCACGAUUCAACCUUGUCGGAAUUGAUCGCUUUCUUUCUCUUCGAGGCAGCUUACCUUGUCAUUCUUCUCAUGUUCUCCCUUCCCUCCACCUCCGCUGUUGUGUACCCUAUAGCUUCUAUUUACACUGCCAAAGAAGUGACCUUCAAGAAGGUCAUGACCUUCGUCCCCAAGGUUUGGAAGCGCCUCAUGAUCACCUUCCUAUGGAGCUUCAUCAUCCUCUUCUUAUACAAUGUUGUGGAGGUGGUUUUCUUAGUACUUAUUAUCUUAUUCGUUCCUGGUUCCACGGUGAGGUGAGUUGGGUCUCUUCUAGAGAGAGAGAGAGAGAG